CGUUUAGCGUUCUUGAUUUUCUGUGCCUUUCGUGAUCACGCUUCCCCUCGACCGGUACCUCCAUCUUGUUUGUUUCAUCAAUAGAGGUAGUGCGAGAUUUUUGGAACGAUUAAAUAUUGUUUUCAAGUGUUUUUAUACGUGUCUCGUAAACGUUAAACAUUGAGCUGUGAAUAUGUCUCACGGCGGUAGGAAUGAAUGUAGAAUUUACGUGGGCAAUUUACCACCCGAUAUAAGAACCAAAGACAUUCAGGACCUUUUCUAUAAGUUUGGUAAAGUUAUCUUUGUUGAUUUAAAAAAUCGUAGAGGACCGCCGUUCGCAUUCGUCGAAUUUGAUGACCCAAGAGAUGCUGAAGAUGCGGUACAUGCAAGAGAUGGAUAUGAUUAUGAUGGUUAUAGAUUAAGGGUUGAAUUUCCAAGGGGUGGUGGACCUAGUAAUAAUUUCCGUGGUGGUCGUGGGGCUGGUGAUAGUGGAAGAGGUGGUCGAGGAGAGAUGAGCAAUUCUCGAGGUCGCGGACCUCCUGCAAGAAGAUCUCAGUACAGAGUACUUGUAACUGGAUUACCACCAUCUGGUAGUUGGCAAGAUUUAAAAGAUCAUAUGCGUGAAGCUGGUGAUGUAUGUUUUGCUGAUGUUUACAAAGACGGUACUGGGGUUGUUGAAUUCUUACGAUAUGAAGACAUGAAAUAUGCUGUGAAGAAAUUGGAUGACUCCAGAUUUAGGUCUCAUGAAGGUGAAGUAGCCUAUAUUCGAGUGAAAGAAGAUCAUAGCAGUGGUGAUAGGGGUCGCAGUGAAGAUAGAGAGAGAGGACGAAGUCACUCUCGAAGCUACAGUCCACGGCGUCGUGGUUCACCCACAUAUUCACCAUUACGGCGUAAUUACUCGCGAUCAAGAUCUCGCUCCAGAUCUCGUUCAUACGACUAGUGUGUACGUAUAUGUUUCACAUGGUAAUAUAAGUAAAAAGCUUAUCGAUAUUUGCUUUACCAUGUUUCAUUAUUACUGAUUUGAAUUUCACUUAAAGACACCUUCCAAUCCAAAUCAAUUUUGUACAAAUUAUGAAAUUAUUACUCUUCACGUUGCUUGGAUUUAGUAAUUGUAUUGUAUGUAAUGUAUAGUUAGAGCACGGUUCGUUUUAUAUAUAUACAUAUAUCAAAACUAUUUCUUAAUGAUUUCGUCAUUUCUUUCUGUUUCAUUGUUUUAUUUAACAACUGAUUAUUUUAUGACGACAUACUUGAAAAUUAAUUACAUGAAUAAACUGGAAAUAGUGACUAGACUUUUCUAACAGUGGACACCAGCAUAAAGUGACAAUGUCAUUCCCAUUACUUAAAUAAAGAGGAAUCGUGCUCGUAUUAAUUGCAUAUUAUUGUUGAUGGUACAUUGAUUAGAGUUAUUUUUACGUUAAAAAAAGAAAAUACAUUCCUUUGUAUUUUACAGUUUAUUUUGACACCACAAGUACAUUUGAAAUGUGUAACAAUUUUGAAGUAUUACGAAUGAGAACCUAAAACGCAGUGACUAAUAUAACCAGUCGUUUAAUUGGUAUUCACAUAGAUAAGUAUCUUUUGUUGUAUAGUUACCAAUAUUGUCUACGUUCAGCGUGAAUGUUCUCACUUAACGGAUUAAUAUGCGAUCAUUCUCAUUGCACUGCACAGCAUUAUAAUUGGUAAAUGUACGAGAAUACUUAACUGAAUGUGAAUACAACGUUUGAUUGUCGUUUUACAUUUAUUUAUUCACAGUUGCAGUGUUGAAAACAGCACAGUUUUAAGCAUAUUUAACAACUAAAAUUCAUUCGAGCUUUUAAUACUAAAAUGCUUGUCACAAAAAUUUAUGAAGCUAACAUAUUGUUUCUUUUUUAUUGUCGAUUGUUCAAAAUUAUUCUGCAUAUGUAAAAAAGGAAGCAAUGCUAUAAUAAAAUAAGUACAUAUUUUUAAUAUGCAUAUAUGAUCUGCAAACAAAAAAUAUACAGUACGUUGACAAUUUAUUUAAUUCUAUAAAAAAGCUUUCGUGAAUCUACUUAAAAAUAGGUACAUCUCUGACGAAGCAUUAAUUUUACCAGAUAACUCGUGUGUACAGACAAAUACAUCAAGGUUGUUUACACGGCUCAUCGUCGUUCAAAUUGUCACGAAAGUUAGUUUCCGAUUUGACUAUAUAAUGAUGACAAUACACAUACUUGAUGUGCUGAAAAUAUAAUACUUAGAGAAUGUUAUACAUCGAUAUCCAUCACACGAUGGUACUCAUUAAGGCAUAAUAUUUGAUAAACGUAGGUGAAAAAGAUUUAUUUUUUGCUAAAGAAUUCAUAAUCGUAUAACCAGUUUUGUUUUCGGAAAAGAAAUUCUCUCACAGUUAUCGUUUGUUAUCUACGUUCUUGUUCACUCGAUUCGGUAACAGAAUUUCGUACAUUCAAGUAUUUUUUAACGACGAUCAUCGGGCCACACUACUGGUUUGAAGAAGAAACUAUGUACUAUGUACUGCUUCUAAAUGAGAGAAUCUAACUGAACAUAUUAUUGUUACGAAUAUUACAAAUAACAUAUCUGUUACAACCGUAUGGAUGUAUCCUGUGAGAUACCCAUAUUGAAAUAAAUUUUAAGUUAUACACGACUUAUCUAGAGAAAUGUGUUUUUACGGUCAAAUGAUUCUUUGUGUAUCAAUCUUGAUACUAUCCAUCACACAUUUCUCGAUUAACGUUUUCCUUUUCGAGAUAAAAAUAAUUUUUUUACCGAGUUUGUUUGACAAAAAAAAUAUGCAUUCUUAAAUAAUUCCUUACGAUACUUUUGAAAUGGUGAAGGAAAACAAUGAUUUCGUGUAUUCUUGAGACUAUUAUUAUUGCAAAUAAAUACCGUGAUCUCCGCUCGUUUUUAAAGUUCCAAGAAUUCGCAUUGAACACCCGCAAAGUAUUGCUUUGCAUAACAUUUGCUCAGCUGUUAUCGCAAAAUUGCUAUGCCCGGACUUCAGUGAGUCACAGGUGUUGUAUUUGCAAUGAUAAAAUUUUAUAUAUAACAUUAAUGCAUAUUGUAUAAGGGACUAAUGUAUUUUUUCUUCUUUUGUAUAUUGGAUUGGAUUAUAACACAAUGAAUGAAAAACUGAAAUCGACACGAUCUUGCUUCUUGGAUGGAUAUAAUACACAUUCGCUUGACGGUGGGAUGAGAUGGAAUGCGUUUUGGAUGGAUUUUGUAUGGAGCAUAUAUUAUAAAAGGAUUAAGACGUAAAAAAAUGGGAAUGGAAAUAAUGAGACAGAGUAAGGAUACUUUCAAGAGGAAGUUCAGGAUCAGGAGAGGAAUAUCAGGAUGAAAGAAGGGAUCCAUUUCAUUCAAGGAUUCCCAAUUAGCUGGAUUUUCAUCAGAAAACGUUGGCAAAUCCAUUGCAAGGAUUCUCAAACAAAUCGUUCCGUAGUUUCCUUUCUCGCAUUGCCGGGCAAACAAAGCAAAUGUAUAUUUUCCAAAUCGUGUUCACAUAUAGCAGUGUUUUUAACGUUGACGAACUAAACGAAAGAAUGAUUAAAUCGUGACGCCGACACUCCGAUAUGAACAGCUUUUUGGGACAGUGAUUUUCGUAUUUUUUCUCUUACGUUUUCCGAACCGUCAGAAACUGGUAAUGGAAUAUGUCAUGUUUGCGUAAAUUUUGUUUUCGGCGAGCGCUCUGGCCUUCGCUUUCGUAAACGGGAUCACAUUUACGGUUUUGUCGUUGCUGAGACAAUAACUCUGAUUCUCUUCCGAAGGAAGUCCGGUUAACCAGAUCCAUUCAUUCAUCUAUAUAUCGGCGAGAACGCGAGACACGAGAAAACGGGAACUGGUUCCAACGCGAGAGGAGGACAAACGAUUCCUUCAGCAAGUCUUCUUCGUUUCUCGUUGACUCGUGCAACGAGGGUUCACUAUAAUAGGAAGUUCUGCGGUUAGCAUUCCUCUGGAUCCAAGGAGAAACGGCAGAGAGAGCGUUUAUGGGUGUCCCCAUAAGGAAAACUGUCGCGAUUUCUAUAAACUAGCCUGGCUCACAGCCUUCGUUCUACUUCGGGAGUCAACCUCGUCUCCAAACCGUUCUUCUCUCGGCUAUCUCGAUCUUGGAUUGCAUUAUUGAUCGAUCGUGUGUCCUGUCUCGAACUAUCAUCGUCGGGAACUAUAACGCGCAAGAGGAUAACGUUCGGAUAAUUCGUUCGAAUAAAAAAAAUGUAAACGGAAUCCUUCAUCUAUUAACAAGGAGCGGCUCUCCCUAGUUGUAGAGGAUCUCCCGGGACAAAAAAUGUAUAUAAAACGAAAGACAGGAUUCGGCAAAAGCGUUGGGAUUAGGAUGCUGACGGAAUUAUAUUAGCGUUCAUGAUGGAUUAUUUGGAUACGAAUAUAUAGAACAAUAUAAAUUGGCUGGAUAUAGUCGCCGGAUCGGUGUUAAAUGGAUCACUUGGAUCUUUUGACCGGAGAAUAUGGUACGAUACGCUCUCAGGAUUCAUGCUCAGGAUCUGUAAACGGAUUUGGAUUACGGUGUGUCGAUGUCUGAUCGAGCAUGAGCCUCUCGCUCAUGCUUCAAAUAGGUUGUCACGGAUUUCUCGCCUAGGUCGGAUACGGGAUUUGGACUUGCACUUAGCGGGAUCAAUACAGGAUAUAGUCGGAUAUCAUUUUUCACGGAACAAAAACGGAUGUGAUCACUCGCUGUAAGGUAUUUGAUCAUGUUUAAUAUCUGACGUCCCUGCGGUACACUUACACAAACACGUACACAUAUAUAUUUUCUGCAUGCAUCUCUUCUAAAGAACAGUUUAUAUAUUUAUAUAUAUACGCCCACUACAGUCCCACUCUUUUUGAUUUUGUCACCAGAAUAUCGUCUACAAUUCAGAAACUAACUUAAAUAACAACAGAUAUACAAUGCUGUCUGUCCGAAUGAAUAUUUAAGUGUGUUUGACCUAAUCGUUAAUGUUCUUUACGUUUAGCUUUAAAAAACGUUUAAGCCCCCAAAACAAAACAUGCUCGAAUUUUUUGGCAGAUUGAGUAUCUGUCCCCUUGCCUCACUCCAAACCAUUCUCUUUGGUAGUAUUAACCUUUCCAAGAUAGUAUCCAACAAUUAUUUUCCCCUUACCAAAUAGAAGAUUAAUUGUUAUAUCUUGGUAUUUACGUUCUUUUUCUUUAUUCCUCGACGAUAGAGAUUUUACAGAGCUCCUUGGUCGUUGAUAUCUAAUUGGGAGGAAACAAUAAACGAUGUGCUUUGUUGCCACUCACAUGUUCUUGGAUCUCCUGAACUCCUUUCCUCAACUAAUGUGUAUUAUUCUAAAGUAUUUCUUUUUUUUUAUUGUACCAUUGAUAUUUAGUUUACUUUUUUUGUGUGUUUGACAAAGGAUUCUAGGGGGGAAUAGUUCCAUUUUCUUUCCAUAGAAUUUACUAUAGAUAUUUCAUUUCUUUUAACUUCGUUUUCAAAAUGAUUAAAUUUAUUUUAGCUGGAGAAAGUAUAUAAUUUAUUGUGAUUUAUUUAUUAUUAAAGAAUAGUUAACAAGAUAAUAGUGAUUCUGGAACAUCGGUAUCAGUAGGUGAGUAACAUGAUAUCAAGAGAAAGAAGUAUAAUGCUAUUAAUCUUCUGUUAUUAGUAAAAACGUUUGGAUGAUCCAUUGAAUCAAGAGAAGAAUAAGCUUCUACUGGUCUUGGAUACAUAACUAAUUAAUAAAGUAAGAAUUGCGUAUGAUUAGUUUUACCUUAUAUCCUUUAAAUUUAAAUUUUCAUUUGGUGCUGUUUUUAAAUACAUUUUAUAAAGGCUUCGAUUAUAUAUUGUUUCAAAAUGUACAUGUGAAUAAAGUGUCUUUCUUCUUCUGGAA